CAUUAUGAUGAUCGGCAAAAUCAGGUACAACUUCUCUCCACAGAAAUUUCGCGUCUUCUUCUCGGGUCUCAGCAGCAGCAGGCAGCGAAGAAUGGCGACACAGCUGAAAUUUCAAAGGGGGGGCCUUCAGGCUACCGAUCCACACACCCACCCCAUCACCAUCGUGGGCCAGCUCGAACACCUCAAGACGUUGGGUUACGACAAGGUCAAGGUCAAAUUUGGGGAUAGGGUUAGCGAAGAACUGUACAACCGCGCUCUUUCGACAUUGUCACCAUCGCCCACCGACAGCGUUAGUCUUUACCUAAACUACGCGAAUAUCGUCGCUAUUCCCACGGCUGGGAGUCGACACAAUGCUCCAAGUAGGCCUCAUUGUUUUGCCAAAGCGGUCAAGUCUGGCUUGAGUUGUGCGGACGAGGAGGGCCUUGUGAUCAUUGCGCCCUAUUCACAUCUAAUUCCACUGACUGCAGCCCUGGCACGAGCAUUCCCGUUGUAUAGUCGCAAGACCAAGGAUCCAGAGUCGAAACAUGUGCUCAACGUCGAAUAUGUUGUUACAGAUGCGGAACUUGGAGAUGAAGAGAUUACAACGUUGGAAACCGUUGCGUAUUCAAUAAGGCAUUCGGCCAGAAUUGUGGAUAUGCCUUGCAAUGAGUUGGGAGUGGGGGAAUUUGUCGAGGAAUGUGAUUCCGUCGUAAAGAAACUGUCCCCGUCGCACCAAGUAGUAAUGGAGACAAUUCGUGGCGAAGAGUUAAUCAAACUAGGCUUCGGUGGGAUUUACAAUGUCGGAAAAGGGGCUAGUCCAGACCGACAGCCGGCCCUUGUGGUUUUGAAGUAUGACUGCAAAAACGAUAAGGCGCAGAAUGUGGCAUGGGUUGGAAAAGGAAUUGUUUUUGACACUGGUGGAUUGACCAUCAAAGGAAGGGCCGGAAUGUGCACUAUGAAAAUGGACUGUGGGGGAGCGGCUGGGGUUCUGUACGCCUUCUAUUUGGCUGUGAAAUUAGGAAUCAAAUGCAAUUUGUCAGCUGUACUGUGUCUUGCAGAAAAUUCUGUGUCAAUGAAUGCCAUGCGGGUAGACGAUGUAAUUCGUUUAUAUUCUGGAAAAACUGUAGAAGUGAACAAUACUGAUGCUGAAGGGCGUCUUGUCCUUGGGGACGGUGUUGCUUACGCCAAAAAAGACUUAAAGUCUGAAAUCAUUGUGGACGUUGCAACAUUAACGGGGGCUCAAAAAAUCGCUACUGGAAAAUAUCAUGCAGCCGUUGUUACGAACAAUGAAGAAUACGAAGGCUUGUUCAUGAAAGCUGGCAAAUUUAGUGGAGAUCUAACUUUUCCAUUGCCGUUUGCUCCAGAAUUACACUUUUCAGAAUUCAAAAGUGAAGUGGCUGAUAUGAAAAAUUCUGUUGCUGACGGUGGUAAUGCCUCUGCAAGUUGUGCUGGAUUGUUUAUUUUUUCACACAUUGGGUUUGACUGGGAUGGUAUCUGGGUUCACGUCGAUAUGGCAGGGCCCAAGAAAAAUGAAAGCGAUCGUGCAACCGGAUUCGGAGUUUUGUUGCUGAAUUACGCUUUUGAAAAUGGCAACACACUAUUUCAAAAGUCUUCUAUGUUGUCGCCUCCUAAAAAGUAAUGAGCCCCAUAAAGAAAGGUAAGAAUGUAACUCGGAUCGGAAUAUUGUCAUUCAUUGUCCCCAUUGCAAACAAAUAAUUUAACUGUUAAUAUUCUCAGUUCAAAAUUUAUUGAAAUAAAAUUGUAUCUUUGUAUAACCAUAACCUA